AUGGGUCGUAUACUUUCGUCAAUAAUACAUUCAUAUUAUAAAUAUGAUUGCAAUGAACGUGAAUCGUCGUGUAAGCAUUGUACUUGCAAAAUUAAAGUAGGAGGUUAUGAUCAAUCAAGACAGACUGUAAAUACUGUUGAAUGUUAUAAUCCCACUAUUGAUACGUGGUCACCAGUCGCAAACAUGUAUGCACGUCACAGUGGGGCCGCUGUAGGAGUUUUAAACGGUGAACUGUAUGUUGUAGGCGGUGAUAAUGGAUCAUUCAAUUUGAGUAGUGUUAAAAAAUACAGUCCAAUAACACGAGUUUGGACAUCUGUUGCGGAUUUACUUUUGCCUCGAGUAAAUGCAGAAGUAGUUGCAUUAGAUGGUUUAUUGUAUGUCGUCGGUGGAAUGUACAAAUAUAAUCAUUUGUUUUCUGUAGAAUGUUACAACCCAAACACCAAUAGAUGGACCAUGGUCACAGCAAAAUGGAACAUGAAUCGGUUGUCACCUGGAGUAGUAACGAUUAAUAGGUCACGACAUUUUACAUCUUGUUAGCAUUCAUGAUUUUUUUUUUUUUUUUGGUACAAUAUAUAAAUGUUUUAAUAUUUUGCACUAUAGUAUCUUAUACUAUGUUUAGGAUAUAUGAUUCAUGCAUUUUUUUCUUACAUAAAUAUUUUUCUAUAUUGUAUAACAACACCUGUAUUUAUUGCAUUUUUUUAAUUUUUAACUUGAAUGUUUUAUUAAAAGGUUUCUGUAUAUCUUUGUCAAUUUAACGAUAAUUCAAAUUUGGAUCAAAUUAGAGAGGUAUUUAA